AUGUCUACGAGACGUUCCUCGAGGGUUAAUAAAGGACAACAUAGCAAAAGAGAGAUAGAUUUCUACGAGGAUGUGGAGGAUUUUCCAUCGGAUAGGAAGAGACUGUUGAGUAAUAGCUCGCAAGAUAAUAAAAGGCCACACUUGGACCAUGACGAAGAUGAUGGAGAUUACAAGGAGGAUGGUGAAGAAAGAAAAGACGACGAUAUAGAUGACGAAGGAGAAGUUAGGUGUACACCAUGUGGCACAACAAGUGAAAAUUAUGAUGAAGAUAGCGACCAAGGAGGUACGAUGAUUGAAUGUGAAUCUUGCAAAACCUGGCAACAUGCUAAGUGUAUGGGCUAUAGGACUUCGAAAGCAAUUCCAAAACAUUACAAAUGUAAUAUUUGUAGUGGACUGGAUAGUAAAAAGACGGAAAAGAGUACUGUUGAAUCAUCUAGUUUUAGUGAAAAAUUGAAAGAUAAGACAAGGGCAAGCGUGGCAAAGGCCUUCGUUAAUGUUUUCAAGAGGAAUAUCCCCGAAUCAUAUAACUUUCCUGAAGGAAUGGAUAACGAAAAAUUAUCAUCAAAAUGGGCAAUCCAAUUGGAGAGAGAAAUCUUCGUUUGGUGUCCUAAGAAGGAUAAGAAAUAUACGGACAAAAGUCGUAGUCUUAUGGUUUUAAUCAAGAAACCAAAUGUUAUGUCUCGUAUAAUCGAUGGUGAAUUAUCCUUUACAAAGUUAGUCAAUUCGUCGCCCGAAGAAAUUGACAGUGAAUUAAAGGAAUAUGCUGAAAAAGUAAGACUGGAAUCAAUUCGUCGUUCAGUUUUAACAGUAGAUUCAAGUCAAGGUCAAAGAAUUAGGAGGACUCAUAAAGGUGAAGAAAUAGUCGAGGACGCAAAUAACCAACAAGAAGAUGUUGAUAUUAGCAUAAUGACAAGAAACAUUGAUCACCGUAGAUUUGAAGAUAAAGAACCUCCAAGAGAAAUUAUAGUUAACGAUAAUAAUAAAGCAGCAGCAUAUAGUAACUAUAUGGAGGAUGAAGAUGAAGAAGAAGAAGAGGAACAAAAAUCAGAAGAAAAAGGAUUCGAUAAGGAAGGAUCCACCUCAGAUGAUAAGGAGGGGUUACCUCUGAGCGACAUUGAUGAUGUUCCCGAUUUGGAUGAUGAAGAAUUAGAUUUCAUUAUUAAAGGAAAAAAAGAAUCAAAAGUUGAGACGAAAAAACCUCUGAAUGUUAAGUUACCACCUAUUCUAUCAUCAAAGAUAUGGUCAGGGCGUAUUACAUUUCCUGAUUUUGCAUCAUUUAGUGCUAGUGGUGAAUUUUACACUAGUUCAAACUACAAGAACCCAACGAACCUGCAAGAAGUUAAACUUCAUAAUCGAUUCAUUAAUAUUUCAAAGGAAAUACUUUCUAAGGACCAUUAUGAAGUCGAAGGACGAUUGGAUAGAACAAGGGCAGAUGCUUACUUAGACAAGAUUAUAACGACACGAGAUUUGAUUCUAGUUGAGAUCACAUGCACCGAGAAUCAGAAUGGAUAUGAUAAAUUAUACAGGUAUUUGCUUGAAAAAAACAAAGUAGGAGUUUUAUCCGGUAGACCAGCAUUUGUCAAGGAUGCGUACUUGCUAGGCAUAGAUGGAAACGAUUUCAACUUACCGGAAUAUUUAAAAUCUCUUCAUAGGAUAGUUGGAAAAGUCGGCUUGUUCGCAUUAUAUAUCGUUAAGAAGGAUUAUAUACCCACCGGCCCAAGUAUACUUAAAAAGUCGACACCCGCAGCUACGAACUAUAACUCACAUAAUUCUAAUACAUCUUCUAAAGAGAAGACUCCUUUAUUGGAUUCAAUUUUAUAUAAGCUUGGGGGAAACGAUAUUAAAAAAGAAAAUAUUCAAAUUCAAACUCCCCAAUAUCAUUCAACACUUUCGCAAAAUGGGUUACCUGCUAAUUUAACGACGGACCAGCUUUCGUAUUUAUCAGGGUUGGUUCAACAAAAUCCCCAUGUUCAACAAAAUCCACAAGCAUUAAUUCAGUUGUUGCAACAGCAAAAAAACUCUGAUUAUUCUGCUUAUCAUUAA